GGGAUUACAGGCGUGAGCCACUGCGCCUGGCCUAUGUUAUUAGUUUCUAUACACAGAACACAUUUGUUCGACCUCCAAAUUUGAAAGUAUUUUUAAACAAGUUAUUUGAAAUGGUUUCUCACAGAAAAAGGAAUUAAGCUUUUCUUAUAUAAAUAUUUGAACUGAAAGACACUCUGUAUUACUAUGAAUAUUUCUUUUGGGCAGGGGGUUGUCUAAGUCCCCUAUCAUAGUUUUAUUGCUGGUACCACUGUUUGAGGGAACCAUGGUUCUUUACAGAGAGAGCUCUUGACUACAAAUGAAAUAGGGCCAAACUGUUACUAGCUGCAAUGGGGCAGAGGAAAAACUGAAAGGAGCAAAAAUGAAAAAGAAUGUAUGCAUCAAAGAGUAGACAUUUGUUUGCGUCACUAUGCCUUAGAUCUAGUUGAUAACCACAAAACAUAUUAACUCUAGGCUACAGCAGCAUUUGAUCUUUAUCCUGGUGUGAAACAUCUCUAAAGAUCUCCCAUUAUCUUAGAGAUAUUUUCCAAUUCUGACAAAGUCUCAAAGUUGGCAUAAAUUGUUAAAAUACUAUACCUUUUUUUGGAGGUUGAAGAAUAUUGUUCCCUCCUGUGCUUCCGAAAAGUUCUGGAAAGUUGUACCUAGGACUUAAAUAAAAUCUUAGUUUUCCACUGUCUUUUAAAUUUGAGAUGUAUGCUCACAGAAAAAAAAAAACAACAACUGGACUUUAAAAUUGCUUAGGACAGUCACUUCAAGUGACACCCGCCUUUGUGUUAGUCUUUGAAUUCAAUUCUGCUUUGUGAUUCUUGAAAGUUAAACAGCCAGUCCUCAGGACUUAUAUAUUCAUUUUAAAGGCAAUCUUAAAUAGAAGUGUAUCACACUGAAAAUUACCAUUUCCUUGGAGAUUGAUUCUGAAUGUUUAAAUUUCUGCAGUAACUUUAAUCUUAGUCUAGAUUUCAAGAGGCAUUCCCUGGCUAGGAAAGCCAAUACAAGUGGCUUUAUCGAUUAUUUUCAGGUAAUGGACUUCAGGACAAUAAAAUAAUUCCAUGAAGGCAAGUAGAAUUGACAGCGUAUUAAUUUAUUUUUACAGCAUUUAUUGAGAACUUUAUGCACAGCACUGAAUGAGAUUCUGUGUAAGGAUUCAAAGAUGAAAAAGAUGAAAUCACUGUUCCUAAGGAGUUUGUAAUUUAGCACGCAGGCAGAAGACAAGAAUAUGAAUGUUUCUGGUUCAAGAUAGUGUUAAAUAAGUGCCAUGGGAGCUUCUAAGCUCCCAUGUGUGGUUCAAAGCAGAGAGAAAAAGAGUGCCCCAAGAAAGGCAUCAUGGAGGAUGGUCCCUAAAGACUUGGUAUGGUUAGGGUAGUAUGGCAGUCAAGGGAAGCCUUCCAAAUGAGGAAACAAACCAAGCAAAGGUUGAAAAGUGUGGCAGUCACUUAAUGGUUUUCAUCAACAGCACUUUGCACAUUUGUCUGUUAUUAGCAUUUAGCCCAUGAUGUUAUAAUAAUAUGUUUAAAUGUAUGUCUCUAUGACUAUUCAUUAAUUCAACAUAUAUUUCUAUUGUCAUAUGCUGUGCACUGUCCUAGGUGCUAAAGAUAUAGCAGUGACGAAAACAGAUUCCUGCCCUUAUGUAGCUUAUAUUCUAGUGGGGGGAAGACAGACAAUAUAAACACAAGUAAAUUAUAUAAUAUAUUCAAAGAGUACAGAGUAGGAAGUAAACUAAAUUAGGGUAAGGGAAUGGAGAAUGUUAGUGGGUCAGAUUUUAAAUUGCUUAAUCAGAACAGGUCUCACCACAAAGAUAGCAUCUGAACAAAGACUUAAAGGAAAUGAAGGAGCAAGCUAUAGGAAUAUCAAAAGGAAGAACAUUCUAGACUAAGAAAAGAGCAAGAACAAAGGCCAUAAAGCAAGAGAAUGCCACGUUGAGAAUUACCUGUAAAAAGACAAGGAUGAAAUUAGGGAGGCCAGUUAGGAGGUUGUUGUUAUAACAUAAGGGAGAAAUGCAGGUGACUUAGACCGGUCACCUGCAGGUUAUAAUAAAUUGUCUGAUUCUGUUUAUAUUCUGAAGGUAGAAACAGCAUAACUGCUGAGCAGUUGGAUGUGGAGUUUGGAAGAAAAUAAUGAGUCACUGUGGGUGACUGCAAAGUUCUGGGCCUCAACAACUUGAAGGAUGUAUGGAGUGGUCAUUAACUGGGAGAGUGAAAAAUUAUGAGUAGGGCUGGUUUGGGUGAGGGAAAGAGACUUGAAGAUCAUGGAGUGAUCUAGAAGAUCUUCAGUUUAGAUCUUGGAGGCGUAUCAACUGUGGUUCUAAAUGGCUAUGAUGUAGUAAAGGAAUGCCUUGUUCAUCAAAGUGAAAUUUUUGCAGACAGACCAUGCCUUCCUUUAUUCAUGAAGAUGACAAAAAUGGGAGGCUUACUAAAUUCCAGAUAUGGCCGAGGAUGGGUCGAUCACAGACGAUUAGCUGUAAACAGUUUUCGAUAUUUUGGAUAUGGCCAAAAGUCUUUUGAAUCUAAAAUCUUGGAAGAAGCCAAAUUUUUCAAUGAUGCUAUUGAAACAUACAAAGGUAGACCUUGUGACUUUAAACAGUUAAUAACGAAUGCUGUUUCAAACAUAACCAAUCUGAUCAUUUUUGGAGAACGAUUCACUUAUGAAGACACCGAUUUUCAGCACAUGAUUGAGUUAUUUAGUGAAAAUGUGGAACUAGCUGCCAGUGCCUCAGUCUUCUUGUAUAAUGCCUUUCCAUGGAUUGGCAUCCUGCCUUUUGGAAAACAUCAACAGCUGUUUAGAAAUGCAGCUGUAGUCUAUGAUUUUCUCUCCAGACUCAUUGAAAAAGCUUCAGUCAACAGAAAGCCUCAGCUACCUCAGCAUUUUGUUGAUGCUUAUUUAGAUGAGAUGGAUCAAGGUAAAAAUGACCCAUCAUGUACUUUCUCCAAAGAAAACCUAAUUUUCUCAGUGGGUGAACUCAUCAUUGCUGGAACUGAAACUACAACCAAUGUGCUACGGUGGGCGAUUCUUUUCAUGGCCCUUUAUCCUAAUAUUCAAGGACAAGUUCAGAAAGAGAUUGAUUUAAUUAUGGGCCCUAAUGGGAAGCCUUCUUGGGACGACAAAUGCAAAAUGCCUUAUACUGAGGCAGUUUUGCAUGAAGUUUUAAGAUUCUGUAAUAUAGUUCCAUUAGGGAUUUUCCAUGCAACCUCUGAAGAUGCAGUUGUACGUGGUUAUUCCAUUCCUAAAGGCACAACAGUAAUUACAAAUCUUUAUUCUGUACACUUUGAUGAAAAGUACUGGAGAGACCCAGAAGUGUUCCAUCCUGAGCGAUUUCUGGACAGCAGUGGAUAUUUUGCCAAGAAGGAAGCUUUGGUUCCUUUUUCCCUAGGAAGAAGACAUUGUCUUGGAGAACAGUUGGCUCGGAUGGAAAUGUUCUUGUUUUUUACAGCAUUGCUUCAGAGGUUUCAUUUGCAUUUUCCACAUGAACUAGUUCCAGAUCUGAAGCCCAGGUUAGGCAUGACAUUGCAGCCCCAACCCUACCUCAUCUGUGCUGAAAGACGCUGAAACUGCCUGGGAUGUUUUCGGGAACAAGGAUGUAUAUUUGCCUUAUCCCUGAACUUGGUUUAAUCAAAUCAAUGUGUGUAUUAGAAUAAAAGUCACAGGAUCAAAAAGCCAAA